AUGGCCUUUAUGGGUCACUACUACAGAACUUUAGUCGUGAACCUGGCCGGUCUAGGCAAUUUCUAUGAUGGAGGCUCCAUGUUGACCUUCGAAGGUCAAAAGAUCCAAGGCUCUCAGAACAUAAUGGCUAAGCUCACCAGCCUUCCUUUCCAGCAGUGCCAGCACAACAUUGCCACUGUCGAUUGCCGGCCUUCCGCCGGCGGUGGCAUGUUUGUCUCAGGUUUUGACGUGUCACCGUCGAUUAGUGGUUUAAUUAGUUAUGGAUCUUUAAAGUUAGCUUUUGAAGUUGGUGUCUUGAUGGAAUCAAAUGGUUUCUCAUCCACAAUGCUUUGGUUAUGA